GGUGGUUUAAGUUCUGUUCUUUAUGGAAUUUGGUUGUGUGGAAUCAGCUCUAUUGCUGUGAUUUUAAAGGUAAAAUCGAUAGUGUUUUCGUCUGAACAAGGCAAGGCUAGGUUUUAUAUCAGCAUCCAAGCCAUUCUCCAUGGUACCCAUUUUGGAACCGUAUUGGAGGUAGACGAGACUAGUCAUACCUUGCUGUCGUUCUGUCAACAAACUGCUGUUUUUCGGGAGGAACAAACUGUAUUUCUUAGGCUGGAGGUAAUGUUACACUGUAGGUGAUUAGAGCGUUUAAGUUAGCAGCACUUUCAAAACACUGUCAAACUCUCUGUGAACGAGGCGAGAGCCUGACAGCACUGUCUCUCCUCAUAGUCGGCACGGAAAUGCAACAAACCUGAUUUGCAUGAUAUCAACAGUGAAAAACACAGCGCUGCUUUCACAACAUGUUGACGGAUUCUUUGUCUUUCUUCACCCUCCCCUGUGGCUGCGAUGAUGUGACUUUUCUCUCCCCUCCCAAUCCCCCCUGUUUUUUUUUGCCAUAUUUCAUUUCACUUAAUGUUUAUCCUCUCUCUCUCCUUCUCUCUCUCAUUUUCUCUCCCUCUCUCUAUCUGUCUCUUUCUCUCAUGCAGAUACGGAUGCUGGAAUCUUUGAAUUGAUCGGAGCAAGUAAAGAAGAAGAAAGAGCAGUUUGAGGAAAGGCAGAAGAAGAGCAAGGAGAGAAAGCGCAACGUUCUUUAGGGAGAGGAGAGAAGAAAAGGACGGGACGAUGGGGAGGAAAAAGAUUCAGAUCACGCGGAUUAUGGAUGAACGCAACAGACAGGUGACAUUUACGAAGAGGAAGUUUGGCCUGAUGAAGAAGGCGUAUGAGCUGAGCGUGCUGUGUGACUGUGAGAUUGCCCUCAUCAUCUUCAACAGCACCAACAAGCUGUUCCAGUAUGCCAGCACCGACAUGGACAAGGUGCUGCUCAAGUACACGGAGUACAACGAGCCCCACGAGAGCAGGACCAACUCUGAUAUCGUGGAGGCAUUAAGCAAGAAGGAGAACAAAGGUGGCGAGAGCCCGGAGCUCGAGUCUGCUCUCACCCUCACCCCGCGCACUGAGGAGAAAUACAAACAGAUAAACGAGGAGUUUGAUCAUAUGAUCAAAACUCAUAAGAUACCUCAGGGCGUGGCCCCCUCCAACUACGAGAUGCCGGUGUCCAUCCCCGUUAGCAACCAGAACAGUCUCAUCUACAGCCACCCAGGAGGUUCCCUAGGCAACCACAACCUGCUGCCCCUGGCACACCACAUGCAGAGGAACAGCAUGUCCCCCGGUGUCACACACAGACCUGCCAGUGCAGGUGGCCUCAUGGGUGCUGACCUCACCACUGGUGCGGUUAGCAGUGCUGGCAACGGCUAUGGGAACCACCACCGUAACUCGCCCGGUCUGCUGGCCUCUCCGGGUAGCAUGAACAAGAGCAUGCAGGCCAAGUCUCCCCCACCUAUGAACCUGGGCAUGAACAACCGCAAGCCGGACCUGCGCGUGCUCAUCCCCCCUGGAGCCAAGAACAACAUGCCCUCCAUGAACCAGAGAAUAAACAACUCCCAGUCAGCACAGUCAUUGGCCACCCCUGUGGUUUCAGUAGCAACGCCCACCCUACCAGGACAAGGCAUGGGCGGUUACCCAUCAGCCAUCUCCACUUCAUACGGUACUGAAUACUCGCUGAGCAGUGCAGAUCUAUCCUCCCUGUCCGGCUUUAACAGUGGUAGCUCCCUCCACCUGGGCUCCAUGAGCGGUUGGCAACAACAACACCUCCAGAACAUGCAGCAUUCGGCCCUCAGUCAGCUAGGAAAUUGCAAUAGCAAUCACUUAUGUCAGAGUUCAAAUCUCUCCCUGCCUUCUGCUCAAAGCCUGCACAUCAAGUCCGAACCUGUUUCUCCUCCUAGAGAUCGCACCAGUAGCACACCGUUGUGCUACGGCAUCCAUCAGCAACAUAACCCGUCGUCCCGCCAGGACUCGGGCCACUCCCCUGUCGACAGCCUGAGCAGCUGCAGCAGCUCCCAUGAGGGCAGCGACCGGGACGAGCACAGGAACGAGUUCCACUCUCCACUGGGACUGUCUCGGGCCGCCAUGGACGAGCGCGAGAGUCCCUCGGUCAAACGUGUGCGCCUGUCUGAAGGGUGGGCCACAUGAUAGCCCAGCGUUGGCCGUUGCCCAAGCCCUGCGACGUAAUGAUGCCUCGACACCAUCGCCCUCUAUAUCAACACGCGACACGUCACUCACCCCCAGACCACGUGCUCUCUCUCUCUUUUUCUCUCUCUUUCUGUUUCAUUGGAGGAAGGGGGGCACGCUUUUCUAAAUUUAACUGUAAUGUUUUAUUUUUUAUUUUUUGCGGAGUAUGUGUGCUAUACAUAUUGAAGUUCUAUAAAGCAGUAGGGAUGGGCCUGGUGAUCCAAGAUAAAAUGGGUGUUGGUUGGGGUUAGGGAUAUUUUUGCUGGGGAGCUAUGCAUUAUUUGUGCCGCGUGGAAAAAAAUUAUGCAUAGAUAUUUACACGUGUGUGUAUGUGUAAAUAUAUGCAUAUCAACAAAUAAACAACAAAAAAGUCAGGUACUCUGUUUUGUAAAAGUACUUGCCUCAAUGAUAAUCAGUGACUGGAGGAAAAUUGAGAGCAUAUGUUGCUGAUCGAACAGCCUAGCACUUGAGUUGGUCAACCAAUACAUGUGUACAGAGUCAAUUUCAUUGCUAACUUUCUCCGUAGUUCUCCCUUGCAAAAUGUAUGUUACGAUAGAUGAUGUCAUGUUGCAGGUUCAACGUAUUUAUGUAAAUAGAGGGGGCAGGGGCAAAGGGGAGGGGUCAAACGUGGCUAUACAUUACAGAUUAUUCAUAUACAAAAUGAAAGCUAAUAUGCAACAUUUGAAGGAUUGUACAGGUAUACCCCACAGGCCCAUUGGUAGAUGUGAGGAACCAAUAUGAGAGAACCCAUGCUAAACAUAAAGCUCCUCAUCAAACAUGGAGCACAUUGAUAGGACCAUCCUUUUACCCAAGAGCCAUGUUAGUUGAAUCAAGAAACCCUGGGUCUUGUAUGAAAUAUUCAGUAAAAAAAAACAACUGUUGUACGAUAGACUUGCUUAUAUUUUCAUAUGAAAGGUAUACAAUGCAAAGCAAUUUUGUGGCUUUUUGUAGUUUCUAUAAGCCAGAAUGUGUUUUUUGAUAGCUUUGCUAAUAUAAGACGGAUAGUCUGAUGAGAAAUUAAAAAAAAACCCUAAGCCAUGAAAACAGACUGAGAACCCAUGCUUAGCUGAACUGUUUUCUCUUUCUAGAGGUUUCGUUUUUAAACGUGUUUCUAAUUAUAUAUAAUAAUGAUAAUAUUAAGAAUCUUAAAAAAAAAAAAAUCUGUGAAUUAACAUGCUUGUGUAUAGCUUUCUAAUAUAUAAAUAUAUAUAAUAAUGUUUUUUCUUUUUUUUUCUUAGUGGAGUUUUCUAUGUGCAAUUGCACAUAUUGUCUGUUUUUUGUGUUAUUUGCGCCUGGGACAGUGCUGUUCAGAGGCGUAUUUAGUCUAACCUUGAGAACCAGUUGAACCGAGUUGUGUUUGUGAGUAAAUUCAGAAAGAUAGAUCUCUUUGCUGACAAACAAUUUAUUUGUGGAAACUGUGUGGGGAUUGGAACUUGGGGUUAAUGCCCAUGCAGAUGACAUGCGUAUUCUGUAUAUUUUGAACAUUUUAUUUAAUCUCUUCACUGCAAAUCCUUUGCCAAUUAUUACAAUGAGACCCAAACUUGUGUGCAGGACACCACAUAAAUCCAGAUUACAAUAUUUAUUUUGAUAGUUCCAAAUUGUAUGUGUCAAAUGAUCAAGCUGUUGAGUAUAUCGGUGGUCUAUUGUUAAUCACAAGGAGUUGUGUCAUAUUUGACCCUACUCAGUCCAAUCACCAGCGCAGUGUUCCACAACCUCCUCAGCAGUGUAACAUGAAGCAUUCAAACAAGAUGUUGUAGGAAAAUGCUGGUUUGGGAGAAGUACAACAGUUGAUUUCAGACAAUAUAUAUAUAUAUAUAUAUAUAUCUUUUUUUUUACAUGAAACUAGUCACAUUUCUCUCUGCCUCUCACUCCUCAGUCUGUUGUCACUCAAGUGUUAUGGUAUUUCUAUGUGCAUAUUUCAUGCAAGUUCACUAUGUUGUUGCUGUAUACAGUCUGUGUAGUCAGAAACAGGGGCAGAGCCCUACUGUGUUCUUUCUUUCUUUUUUAUUCAAUACAAAUGGUUAAAAAAAAAACACAUGAUAUUUCAGGCAGCAUAUGUGUGGAAAACCAAAGCCAGUGGCAUUUCUGUGUUGUAAUAUUAUUCAACUUUUAUUUUCACAUUCAUUUAUGGUUAUUGCAAGCAUUGAAAAAAAAACAUCAAUAAAAGCAUUUGCUCAAAAUGUAGAA